GCCUGACUCCACCCUGGAAAGUCCUUUUGAAGAAAUGGCCCUGGUGAGGGGCGGCUGGCUGUGGAGACAGAGCUCCAUCCUCCGCCGCUGGAAGCGAAACUGGUUUGCCUUGUGGCUGGAUGGGACCCUGGGCUACUACCAUGAUGAGACUGCACAGGACGAGGAGGAUCGCGUGCUCAUCCAGUUCAAUGUCCGCAGCAUAAAGAUCGGCCAAGAGUGCCACGAUGUGCAGCCCCCAGAGGGCCGGAGCCGAGACGGCCUGCUGAUUGUGAACCUCCGGGAGGGCUCCCGCCUGUAUCUGUGCGCAGAGACCAAGGACGAUGCCGUAGCGUGGAAGACGGCGUUACUGGAGGCGAAUUCUACCCCGGCCCCAACCGGAGCCACCGUCCCUCCCAGGAGCCGCCGGGUUUGCCCCAAGGUCAGGUGUGUGACCCGCUCGUGGAGCCCCUGUAAGGUUGAGAGGCGGAUCUGGGUGCGUGUCUACAGCCCGUACCAGGACUACUAUGAGGUGGUAACUCCCAACGCUCAUGAAGCCACAUACGUACGCAGCUACUACGGACCGCCCUAUGCAGGACCCGGCGUGACGCACGUAGUAGUGCGGGAGGAUCCCUGCUACAGUGCGGGCGCUCCGCUGGCCAUGGGCAUGCUCGCGGGGGCCGCCACAGGUGCCGCGCUCGGCUCGCUCAUGUGGUCUCCCUGUUGGUUCUGAGCCCUGGGACUGGGAGUGUGGACCCUGCGCCUAGAGCAACAGACCCCUUUUCCUCCUUGACCCCACCCUCCACGAUUUAAGUCCUGCUGUACUUCGGCUCCUUCUUCUCCACUAGUCCCCCUGGACUUGGAUCAUCCAUAUCCCACUCCCCCACUCUCACCCCUUGCGUUGCAAGAAGCUAUCAUCCCAGGCACAAACAUAGCUCAAAAUCCUUGUAUCUAUUGCCAGACACCCCAGACUUUUGUUAUAGACACAUAUAGACAUGGUUCCCUCCAAUACACCAGGACACAGAA